AUGGACAUCCUACAGUUCGCACCAACGCACCUUCUGGCAAUACUAUUUAGCAGUACUAGCGCAUUGAUCCUCGUUACAUAUCUCCUACGUGCAGGUCAUCGACCCCCAGAGCUCCCGAACGGCCCUCCAACCGUUCCACUAUUUGGAAAUGAACUGCAGGUACCGAAGUCUGAUGCGCAUUUUCAGUAG